CCAACACAAGCGUCCUUCGUCCCCACCGAAAUACUGCAUACGUUCCACACGUUUUUCAGAAAUAAAAGUUAGCUCGAUUUUCAAACAAUGCCGAAAGCCAAAAAGAAAAGUAAAAGAAACACGUUUGAUUACAGUAAAGAUAGAAAGAAACUGAAAAAGCAGUUUAAGAAAAGGGAAGCCCCGAGAAUUGAGUGUCCUCAGAUCCGAAAUGCCUGGAGUGACAAGAAGUCUGUGGCAAGGAACUUGCGAGACAUGGGUCUGGCAUUUGACCCUAACCGUGCCCUCCCAAUUAAGACACUGACCUUUGCUACUGUGGAGAGAACUGAAGAAGCUCCCACCCUCAAAUUUGUAAGGAAGCCAUACGUUCUCAAUGAACUUGUAGCAGAGGCCAAUCUCCCAGAGAAAGACACAAAGACUUUAUCCACAGACUUGAUAGAGUACGUGCAGUACAUGAUCAGGGAACACAGCGAGAACUACGAGGCUAUGGUCAGAGAUGAGAAGAACUAUUACCAGGACACGCCCUCGCAGAUCAGGAGGAAAGUGGACCAGUAUAAACGCUGCCAUCCAGAGGAAUACAACACCUUUGUGGAGUUUCUCAAAGGUGGGAAACCUGUUUCCACAUAACUGGGCCUGUCUGUGGUGGUCAAAGAUCUUCAAUGUAGAGAGAGAUCAUUACUCUUCAUCAGUGGAGGCAGUCGGAGUGCUGACUCACAAUUAUUUUGUUACUUUGAUGGACAGAGGGAGUCAUGGUGCAUUCAGCAACUCUCCUUCAAUCAGAAUGGAUGGUAAAUUGUGAUACUAGGAACUGUAAACAUUUUAGAAAAAGACCAGACAUUUUCAACAUGCAUAAAAUCAAACUUUAUUAUAUUUGUUCAUACUUCCCAUAUGUAUCCCAAAAAUACAGUUACACAAAUUCCAUACAGUAAGAACAUGUAAGACUGCUUUUGUAAUGAAGUGAACAUGUAUAUUUGUAAUGGCAAAUUCCACAGUUAGUGGUGAGACUAAGAUUUUUCACUUUAAAAGUGCAUGCCAAAUGUAAACCAAUGCUUGAAAAGUUAAACAACCCAUACAACUGUGGGAGUUGUUAGAUACUUUGGGAUUUGGGCAAUGAGGCCUGUCAUACUUCCCCUGAGUCGGAUGAACUCUUGGAUACCAUUGGUGUCUGCGUGUGGUUUAAAGGAAGUUGCUAACCAUUGCUUCCAUUGUGCUAACGCCAGUUAGCAUUGGCUUGUGAAACUACCUCAAAUCAAAGUUUCUGUCACGUGUGCCGAAUACAAGAGGUAGAGUGAAAUGCUUACUUAUAGGCUCUAACCAAUAGUGCAAAAAAGGUAUUAGGUGAACAAUAGGUAGACAUUGAUACAUAAAUGGUAUCCACAAGUUCAUUUAACUCUGGGGAAGUAUAUAACGGGCCUCACUGCCUAAAUCCCUAAAUAUCUCUAACAAUUCACUAGGAGUUUUAUAAAAACCCAUUUACUUGAACAGUGCAGAUGCAAAGUUUGAUAGACGUUUUUGUUCACUUGUCUGGAAAUUGUUUAAAGUAGUCCUUGUGUAUGUACGGUUCAACUUUGCAGUCACUUUUGUUUGGCAUACAUUUUAAAGUGGAAAACCUUAGUCUCGGCAUCACUCUUAAUGUGGAAUUUCCCUAAGCCGUUAAUGCAUUUCCUUUUUUGAAUAACAAGAUAUAAACAUAGCAUCGUUUGUGCAAAAGGUUAGAAUGUCACUGCAAAAACAAAACGAAAAAUAAGACAUUGGAGUUAGUUAAAUCUUUAAAGCAGCAUAAAUAUUACAACUGAAUACAACAGAAAUGAAACAUGGUCUAGAUUAUCAAGAAACAAUGGCGAUAUCAAGGAGCAGGGAUGGACACGGUUAAUUGAAUAUCAGAACGGAAGUUAGAAUACUAUGUGUGUACAUUUUUGAAGAGGGGGAAAAUAAUGACAUUAAAAAGCUUUGUCUAAAUGCAA